UGAAAAUCCAGUUAACGAAGAAGAAGAUAUAAGCAAUAAUCAUAAAAAUUUAAUAAAUCAACCCUCUACUAUUGCACAGUUUCCAUCACUAAUUAAUUUUGCUGACGUUUUUAUUAAAAGAAACCUGCAAAGCAGAGUAAAGAGAGGGAAAUGUGAGAGAAGUAAGGAAGUGGGAAUGGGAAAGUGGAAGUGGGAAAGUGGGUGUGGGGAAGUGAGUGUAGAGAAGUGGGUGUGGGGAAGUGA